UGUCAGCGCAGGUCCCACGCCACGUGGACUCGCCUUUGUCCGAGGCUACCUUUCCGAACAUCGGGCCGCGACGACUGGGAUUGUGCCUUAUUUGUCUGUGUCGCGUGCAGUGCUGGGCACGGAGUUGGGGAUCACUGUCUAUCCUCAGGACCAUGGCCAACAGCGAACGCACCUUCAUUGCCAUCAAGCCUGAUGGGGUCCAGCGCGGCCUCAUGGGAGAGAUCAUCAAGCGUUUUGAGCAAAAGGGAUUCCGCCUCGUUGCUAUGAAAUUAAUUCAGGCUUCCGAAGACCUUCUCAAGGAACACUACAUUGACCUGAAGGACCGUCCAUUCUUUGCCGGCCUGGUGAAGUACAUGCAGUCAGGGCCUGUGGUUGCCAUGGUCUGGGAGGGGCUGAAUGUGGUGAAGACAGGCCGGGUGAUGCUGGGAGAGACCAACCCUGCGGACUCCAAGCCCGGGACCAUCCGUGGAGACUUUUGCAUCCAAGUUGGCAGGAACAUCAUCCAUGGCAGUGAUUCCGUGGAAAGUGCGGAGAAGGAGAUUGGCUUGUGGUUUCAGCCUGAAGAGCUGGUGGAUUACAAGAGCUGUGCUCAGAACUGGAUCUACGAGUGACGAGACAGCAGACCUCAAUGCUUUGCCCGUUCCAGCCCCUCUCCCCUCCCGUGAGCAGGGGGCCAGCCUCUAGCAAAUCCGGUUAUUUUUGAGAACUUCCUUGUAAUGCGGAGGGGAACUCCUGGAGCUGGGAGUGCUCCCUGAACAGUAUUAUGUACCACCAUCAGAUUAAAAUAUCUCAUCCCAGUAUAGGA